CUGACGUGGCGGGGCCGAGACCUGCGGGCCUGCGCGGCCGGUGCGGAAACACCCGGGGCAGCGAACAGGCGCGGUUAAGCACCAUGCCGCUGGAGCUGGAGCUGUGUCCCGGGCGCUGGGUGGGUGGACAGCACCCGUGCUUCAUCAUCGCGGAGAUCGGCCAGAACCACCAAGGAGACUUAGAUGUGGCCAAGCGCAUGAUCCGCACUGCCAAGGAGUGUGGGGCCGACUGCGCUAAGUUUCAGAAGAGUGAGUUGGAGUUCAAGUUUAACCGGAAGGCCCUGGAGAGACCAUAUACUUCGAAGCAUUCAUGGGGGAAGACUUACGGGGAGCACAAACGACAUCUAGAAUUCAGCCACGAUCAGUACAAGGAGCUGCAGAGCUACGCGCAGGAGAUUGGCAUCUUCUUCACUGCGUCUGGCAUGGAUGAGAUGGCAGUUGAGUUUCUGCAUGAACUGAAUGUUCCCUUUUUCAAAGUUGGAUCUGGAGACACUAACAAUUUUCCCUACCUGGAAAAGACAGCCAAGAAAGGUCGUCCUAUGGUGAUCUCCAGUGGGAUGCAGUCCAUGGACACCAUGAAGCAAGUCUAUCAGAUCGUGAAGCCCCUGAAUCCCAACUUCUGCUUCCUCCAGUGCACCAGUGCGUACCCACUACAGCCUGAGGAUGCCAACCUGCGCGUCAUCUCGGAAUACCAGAAGCUCUUUCCUGACAUUCCCAUAGGGUAUUCUGGGCACGAGACAGGCAUCGCCAUAUCUGUAGCUGCAGUGGCCCUGGGGGCCAAGGUGUUGGAACGUCAUAUAACUUUGGACAAGACCUGGAAGGGGAGUGACCACUUAGCCUCACUGGAGCCUGGAGAACUGGCAGAGCUGGUGCGGUCUGUGCGUCUGGUGGAGCGGGCACUGGGCUCCCCAGCCAAGCAGCUCCUGCCCUGUGAGAUGGCCUGCAACGAGAAGGACCUGAGCCUGGGAUCUGACACUGAGCUUCCUUUGUCUACAGCUCGGCAAGUCCGUGGUAGCCAAAGUGAAAAUCCCAGCAGGCACCAUCCUGACCCUGGACAUGCUCACUGUGAAGGUGGGGGAACCCAAAGGCUAUCCUCCUGAAGACAUCUUCAACCUGGUGGGCAAAAAGGUGCUGGUCACUAUUGAAGAAGAUGACACGGUCAUGGAGGAAUCCGUGGAAAGUCAAAGCAAGAAAAUCAAGGCUUAAAAUAAAGUGCCACUCCGGGCUUCUCGGCCACCCUGCUACUGCUGUCCAGUGUGUUGGGUGCAGAGGGCCAGGAGUGUUGGUCUCCAGGCCACCCUGUCACAGUGACCACCUGUGUCCAGCUCACUGGACAGGAGGAGCCAAUGAGGCUCUUCUGCUUUGAAGUGCCCAGCCAGCGAAGGCAGCCCAGAGCACACGCAGCUCCUCUAGGGUUUCUGUGUAGCUCUGUCAACAUCUUGAGCCUUCAUGUUCCCACUCAAUAAAGCAGCUCCAGGGACCUGAGCUCUCAGUUCCUCAUAGAGCACUGAACAGUGGGCAUUAGACUCUGCCUGAGGCCCUAAGGGCAGAGACAAGCUCUCCUGUCUUUAUGAGCAUAGGCAGGGACAGAGCACUUGGUCCUCCCUUUGGCAAAUUGUCACCAUCAGAGGCCUAGGGCCAUGGUUCUUUGCAGCCAGUCCCUUUCUCAGAGGCCUUCUCAGACAGCAGGUGCACACUAACCCACAGUACAGUUGACCAACAGGCAGGGAUGAACACGGGUCUGUAAGGAGGUGGCCAUGGAGUCUGCACAUUUUAGCCAUAGGGGGCGGUGCAGAAAUCAACCCCACCAUAAGCACCAGUGUCUUGUCACACUUGACAGAUUACAAACCCAGACAAAGGUCCUGUUGUUUGACAUCUUUAAGUGCAGUUAAGUGCAUGAACACUCAUAGAGGUUCACUGUCACAAUUCAUUCUGUUCUUGGGAAUCGAUGCUGAGAUUAAUCAUUGUUCUUUUUCAAGUAUCUCCUUGUCUUUACUUUAAAAAACUUUUUUUGAGACAGGAUCUCACUCUAUCCCUGGCUGGCCUAGAACUGGACUUAGACCCUGAGAUCUGCUUGCCUCUGCCACCUGAGGGCUGAGAUUAAAGCUGUGUACCACCA